GAGAAGAAAGGACAUGAUGUAAAAGAUCUUUUGGGAAAUAAUAGGACAAUGGUUUCUUGGUUUCAGCUCUUUUUUAUACUUUGGAUCUUACCUCAAACGGCAGAGGGGACACAUUUCCGUGGAGGAAUUUUAAUGUGGAAACCGACAAACAACGAGAAUGAAGUCAUAAUUACAUUCCGGAUGGCAUGGAGACGUACUUACAGCAGUCUAACAAGGUGUGAUAGGACAACUAUUGAAGACGGUGAUAUCAUUGCUAAUCUUGGAAAUGUGGUGUGUUUUGAUUGCUCUUCUCAAACGAUUUCAGAUGUCGGAAUCGUUUGCACCGAUUUUAGUUUACAGGAAGAUUGGACACAGGGGGAACGCAGCUUUACACACACUUUUCAGGAUAAAGCUGCUCAAUUUGGAUUUACUGGAGGAGAUUGGAUAUCGCUUGUAUCUGGGGGUGGAGACUGGGAAAUGCGCACAACAGUUGACCUAAACCGGAGACGUGACACCGGUAAAAUUAACUCAUCCCCCGUCUCUGCUAUGCCUCCGAUCAUACGCCUACAGCACGGAUGUGAGCACAACAUAACUAUCCCAGUUUAUGACAAAGAUAAUGACACAGUUCGAUGUAGAUGGGCGGAAUCCUCUAAGAGGGAAUGCGGUGGAGUCUGUCGUUCCUUUCCAAAUUCCUUCCUUGACGAGAAAAGAUGCGAGAUUUCAUACAUUGCCAAAUACAAAACUGGCUGGUACGCUGUCGCAAUUCAAAUUGAGGACUUCAGUCCAUUAAACUCAACGCAUGCGCUUAGUAGUGUUUCCCUUCAGUUCCUUGUAAACGUUUUCUCUUCUGAUAAACCUUGCCAAGACAAACCGAAGUUUAUAAUGCCAACACGGUUAGACGGUGCAUGUGUCGGUAUCCCAAUAAAUUCUACUUGGACUGAACAAGUCAUAGCUCGGAGUGGUGCGGACGGAGUAAACAUCACUGAAAUAACCACUGUAUCACCACCUGGACUGACGACCUCACCCUUACAAAAAUAUGCCAUGUCAAAUAGGGAAUGGUAUAUUAAUGUUACCUGGACCCCCAAACCAAGUCAGACCGGUGAAAACACCUUCUGUUACACAGCCAGCGACUCAGACAGUUUGGUGUCAGAGAAAACCUGUAUCAAGCUUUUUGUCGGAGUGGAGCCACCACAAAUCGUAUCUUAUCAGCCCGUUGGAGAAAUACUACCCACACAGAAGUUCUUCAUUAUCAACUUCGAUUUGCAGGUCGUGCAACCAUCCCAAAGAGCCUUCAUUUAUUUCUACACAAAAACUGGUAAUCUCAUUUCCAAAAUAGAUGUUUCUCAGAGUGAUUCAGCUGUAUAUUCAUUGGAUAGCACCAAUUCAUGGAACUGGAUACUCCGCAUUACACCAGAUUUUGAACUGAAAGAAAAAGUUCAUUAUUAUAUCAAACUUGACCCAGGUAUUGCCAAAGGUGUAACUGGUUGUGGAGCUGAAUCGUCUGCUCUGUGGGAUCCCAGUAAUUGGACUUUCCGCGUCAGAGAUGUUUCACCACCAAUUUUGACAUUCUGUGCAUGUAAUCCAUCCGUGACAGGCGGAAAUAUAACUUUGAAAUGGGAUUUUGAUGAACCUGUCUUGUAUGUUAAUUGCACUCUACAGAACGAAACACAUUUCUCUAAUACACAAUGUAAAGAAACUUCAUGGACAUCUGGAGAUUUCAACGAAGGAUUUUACACUUUGUUUGUUCAAGGAACAGAUUUUGAAAAUAAUACCGCUAAUCAAAAACCAUUUACAUGGUUUGUUGAUAAGACAGGUCCAAUUUUAACAAUGAUGAAAACUCCAACAAGGUUAAGCAAUCAAAAUACGGCAAUAUUUGAAAUGAUCUGCAACGAGCGGUGUCGCAUAUCCUGUAGUCUUACACCCAAAAACAGCUUAUCUUCAUUUACUCAAUGUAGUGCUCAAAUACAAACUCGUCAUUUGAUUACCAAACCUAAUCUGAUCAGUGGUAUUGAAUACAAAUUUGAAGUAAUGGGCAUUGAUGAAUCUGGAAACAGGGGAGAGGCCUUACUCUAUGAAUUUGAAACAGAUUUUGAACUACCAUAUGUUGAACAGUUGCCUAAUCUUUCUGUGGAAUGUCAAAACGCUCUUACUCUAAACAUUACCGGAAGACCGAAUGCAACAGACAACAUUGGAAUUAAAAACCUAACCUACAGCGAUCUCAUGCUCGAUAAUUGCAAAGUUAAAAGAUCGUGGACUGCAUAUGACCUUGCAGAGAAUAAGAAUAGUAUGACUCAAAUAAUUAGUAUCAUAUCUAGUAGCGGACCAGUUGUUGUCCUACCUUCAGAUGUUGUUAUUGCAUGCGGAUCACUAUUGCAAAUUACAGAGGACGUUCUAAAACCCUCUGUUCAAGUGUACCAUCCCUGUGGUCUCGAGGUAUCAAUUGUUUUUAAGGAUCCGUCUGAAAUAGGAAAUGGCUGUGGGUUCACUUUUGUGAGAAAUUGGACUGUCUCUAACAAUUGUGGAAAAACAAUUGUAGGGUUUCAGACAAUAACAGUUAUGGAUCCUCAAGACCCAAUAACUCCAAAAAGAGGCGAGAUAACGGAUUUGCGACCUCUUCUUAGCUGGCCCGAAGGCUUAAAAACUGCAAGAUAUAGAUUAUUUAUAUGGAAUGCAAGAAGAAGUAGACCAAAGUCGUAUAAUUACUUUGGACCAAAUACAUGGUUUCAGUGCCGUGAUCUUCAACAAGGUGAAAAAUAUUACUGGCAGGUUGAAUAUAUCACCAAAGACAAUAUUACACAGUAUAGCCCCCGAUGGAAUUUCGUAACAAGAUCUUACAUCGAUCUUUCCAUAAUUAAAAUCACGAUUCCCCCUUUGGCCCACUCAGGACAAUCCUUUCAAGUUCGUUGGAUAGUUCAAAACAUUGGCAAAGCAUCAACCUCUUACUAUGAGUACUGGAAUGACAGAGUAUAUUUGGGAUUUACCGAAGACAUAAGUAGCGCAAGACUGGUCGCCUCAAUUUUUCAUCGGAAGAUUAUCGCAGAAAACGACACGUACCAAGGUAUAACCGAGGUUAGAUUACUUGUUGAUGACAUUGGAACAGCGUUUAUAUUUGUAAGCGUGGAUACCUUUCGUUACCUUGAAGAUCUUGACAGAUCUAACAAUUUUAUUAGAAGUCGUAAAACUGUGAAUGUACAGCUAACACCUCCACCAGAUCUGAUAAUCGAGAAUAUUGAUAUUCCAUCAACAACGUUUUCAGGACAAAAUAUCCAACUGCAGUACAAGAUCAAGAAUGUCGGUAAAGGAUCCACAAAAUCCGGCAGUUGGACGGACUCCGUUUAUUGGUCAAAGGAUUCAAUAUAUGACGGAUCGGACAAAUUUAUGUUUUCAACAACUAGAAAUGAAGUUCUCUUGGCUGGGAGUUCAUACCUAACAAAGCAACUUCUGAAAAUUCCCCAAAAUAUUUACGGAGUUUUUCACAUUCUCAUUCGAACUGAUGCGAACGAUAAUGUGUUCGAGUACACUGAUGAAGACAAUAAUUGGUUGGCAUCGGAACCUCUUGAGGUUACAUUAUCACCUCCUCCAGAUCUAAGCGUAGUGAACCUUAAAAUAAGCAAUUUUAGGUCUACUUUUUCAACUGGAGAAAUUGUGCAAAUAGAGUGGACAGUACGAAAUGAGGGGUCUCGGCAAUCUGACGUUUCCAUGUGGAUAGACGCAAUUGUUUUAGAAACCAAUUCGAAAUGGAGAAUGAUCCUAGAAGAAAUUUACAUUCAUCACACAUUAAUGCCAUAUCAGCAAUAUACAGAGUCCAUUUUGUUUAUGAUUAACCCUACUGUUGAGAGUGGACGAUACAAUUUAUGCGUUAUCACUGAUGAAAGUCAACGAGUAUUUGAAUAUCAAUCUCGAGAAAAUAACAAACAGUGCAUUCAUUUCAAUGUAUCCCAGUCACUUCCGGAUCUACAAAUUGAGGAAAUGUCUUUAAGUUUACAUGUUGAUGAAUUCGGUUAUAACGUUUUAAAUGUCAGUUGGGCUGUACUAAACACUGGAAGUGGACCAACAAUUUCAAACACAUGGACUGACAGUAUUACCAUUCAAAAUUCCCACUCUCCAAAAUCUAUAUUUGACGUGCCUAUACAAUUAACAUCAUUAAUUCCUGGUCAAAAAUAUUCUCAAACAGCAUCGCUAAGACUAAGCGAAAGAAUGUAUGGCCGAAUAUCUGCUUUUCUUUAUGCUGACAAGUUUGGGCAAUUAUAUGAAAAUGAUGAAAACAACAACCAAGACAACCGGGAAAUCAGUGUCCCCUUAAAAGUUCCAAAUCUGAAAGUUAUAGCUUUUAAGAUCUUAAAUAACACUGUUUAUAGUGGUGAAAUGAUGCACAUAAGAUGGACAGUUCUCAUUACAAAUGUUGCAAUAUCAGACAAAUUAUUUUGGACAGAUAUAUUGAAGAUUAAAUUUGAACCAAAUGAUUUCAUGACUGAAACUUUCGUCAGAAAAAUGAAGGGGCCUCUAUUAAUUGGAGAUUCUUAUUCUUGGACCGUUGAAGCACAGAUUCCUAAAAAUUUUAUUGGAUUUGGACACUUGAAUCUAGUCAUAAACAAUAAUAGAGGAGUGUUUGAAGGGACUGAUUUACUUGAUAACUCGAAAAUUAUAUCUGUCAAAGUUUUAUCCCCACCAUCACCAGAUUUAGUAGUAACAGCAAUUCAAAAUUAUCUUGUGUCGAAGCAAUCUCGAUUGCUAGUAGUUAUUUGGACUGUUAAAAAUACUGGAAAUGGUAUGAAAGGGAAGAAAGAUUGGGUAGAUGAUAUUAGCGUGCAAGCAACAGGAGAUAGCGUCAGCAAAAUCUCUAUAGCGUCGCAGAGACAGUCUUGGCAGCUUGAGAGUGGUGCCGAGUACAUAGUUAAUAAGACUUUGAUAAUUCCUUCGUCACUAGUUGGACAUUUUCACAUCAAUGUUACAACAGACAUUAACAAUGAAGUACAGGAGGUGAAUGGGGAAAACAACAACUGGAAACUAAGUGAUAGCUCAAUUUCCUUUCCUGAACUUCCGAAAGUCGAUUUGAAAGCAAUUGUUACUUCAACGGGUGCAUGCCGGUUGAAUGGUGUUGAAUCUUUCUGUAUUUCAUUCAAAGUUAUUAAUGAGGGAGAAAUAUCAACAAAAACAUCUUGGAAUGACGCUAUAUUUAUAUGCAACAGUAACGUGAAAAGCAACCAGAAAUUCGAAAAGCUUGCUCUCAUCAACCACAUUGGAAAAUUAUCACCUGGAGAAUCUUACUCUGUGAAUACGUCUGUACUAUUGCCGUUUGAAAUAAGCGAUGAAGAAAACUACAUUAUAGUACUACCUGAUUAUAUGGACAACUACCAGUCCAGAAACAGACUUCAGACAAUUGAUUGCUCUGUUACACAUGGACAUUUUCCAAUAAAAGAUCUUCUAGAGUAUCAAAUGCGUACAUUUUGUGCAAAUCUUCAAGUAGAUAUGGUCUCUAAAGCGUAUUCAUUUACAGCGGGUGAACUAAUUAAUGUUGAAUAUAACAUAAGUAAUUCAGGAUUCUGUGAUGUGAAAAAACAACUCUAUGUUGCAAUAUACAUAAGCAGCAGUAUUGAGGAUGAUCCGUUUGAAUGGAAAAUCAACACAACGCAAAUAUCGGACUCUAUAUCCAAAAAUGAGACGAAAUCUUUUUCCUCUUUAAUUCAACUUCCUUUUGAUAUAGAGAGUAAAGACUACUUUCUGGUGAUGCAAGUUGAUUCCCGACACGAAUUAAUUGAAUUAAACGAAAACGAUAAUAUUGCAAUAUCUGUGUUGAAAAUUAAACAAAAUAUUCGGACAGAUAUAGUGGUAUUUAACGUGAGUUCACCAGAGGAGACUGAGUACGGUGAGAAAUUAACCGUUCAGUGGUCCAUCUUGAAUAACGGUUCCGAGCAAGUUAGUGGAUACAAAUGUGAUUCUGUUUAUCUGUCACAGGACAGUCAAUGGAGCGUGACUGAUGAACUUCUAGGUAAAAUGCAGUGUGGUCGUAUUAGCAUUCAUAACAGAACCUCUGGGGGUAUCGUCGAGACAUAUUCUGCUAUACUACCACCGUUGGCAUCAGAGACCUAUAAAACAAUUGUAAAGAGUCGCACAAAUUUUGAAGACUACAACCAAACAAACAAUAUUGGUGUAUCCAUAAACAGCACAUUUGUUCGAUAUCCGAUCUGCAGCCUUGAGCAAAAUAAAUCUUUUUCCAUAUCUCCAAAUCAACUAAAGAUCUUUUUAAUACCUUCUGUUCCUGCAGCACAAACUAUGAUCAUUCGAACAGAAUGCAAUGUCUCGUUUGUUUUUCACGAAGUUUAUAUCAAAUAUGAAAGUGCACCGAGUGAGUAUGAUUUCGACUACUCGGUUGAAGAUCCAUUUAAAUCUUAUCAAGAAAUUGUUGUAACAAAUACACGUGGAGGAAAUUAUUAUAUUUUAUUGAAGACGUCCGGUUCAAGAAAUAUAAACAACCCUGUCUUUCUUUCUCUCCUACCUAAGCUUGCUAAAUUUGAAGUAAUUAAUUCUUUUCCAAAAACAGCAACAGCUCGCGGAAAUAUAACAUUGAAAAUAAGUGGAACUCUUCUUCCUGAAAAUUUUUCCGCCUGCUUAUUUAAUUCUACUUUCACUGUUCAGAGUGAUAAGGAAUACUGGUUUUCAUCAUCGUUAGUUGCCGCAACAUUUGAUGCCGCGCAUUUGAAGAAAGACUCAACUUACAGUUUAAACCUGACUGAUCAUGAUUCUCAAGUAAUAUCCAGUUUCCAAAAUGCAUUGAUUAUAAAAAAUGGUAGAGAUGGAUAUAUCACGGUAAAGAUAUCUAUGCCAGAAACUCUUUUCCUUGGGCAGAGAGAUACUAUGCAUGUUGAUAUUAAAAAUUCUGGUGACUCUGAAAUGUAUUCUCCACUGAUUCACAUUGAAGCAAUUGGUGGUCAGUUAAAGUAUAUUCAUGAUUUUGAAAAUGAUGAUUGGACUAGUGGUAGGACAAUUGUAAUUGGAUCUCCUGAUGGUCCUGCUGGAAUGUUAUUACCAUUAGAAGCAAGCAGGCUGCAAUUUGAAAUCAGAUCAUCCACUCCAAACGUACCAAAUGAAAUGAAAGUAGUUGUCUCGAGAAUGAAGUAUUCGAACGAAAAACACUCAUAUAUAAACAUGAAGCUUACGAUGAAACCAACUUUUCUAGAGGAAGCUGUAUGGGAUGUCAUUUGGCAAAAUUUCAUCGGACUUGUUGGUGAAUCAUGGUUCUCCCUUCAAUAUAAAAUUUCUGAGGUGAUGAAUGAAAUAUCUGUAUUUGGUCUUCGUCAAUAUAGUUUGGACAAUGUUGUUAAACAUCUCUUGUACAUAGCUGAGGGUCUUUGCGAGGAAAAAUAUAUGGUGAAAGCUUUCGACUUUGGGAAGGCAAGUCAAUUUGGAGUAAAAUUAGAUAUAAUCCGUUUAUAUCCUCGGCGCUUUGGUCUAAGAAGAGGAAAAGGUCCAAUAGGAUUAGGAUGGAUGAUGCCCUAUUGGGAAACAUCUUUGGUUGGCAUAGACGAAGGUCUUGCAAUACUUAACUGGAAAAGAGAGGAGAUCGUAUUUACAGCGUAUGGAAUCGGAAUGUACAGUAACGCGGAAUGGGGAAAUCUAACGCUCUCCUUUCAGGAUACACUUUCAUAUUUGGAUACUGAAACGAACGAAGUUUAUCACUUCAACUUCACAACUGGAAAGAUCGAAUAUGUUAUCCAAGAAAAUGAGAAAAUUGAGUUUACUUACGACAUAAAUGGUCGUCUCUCUUCACUAUAUUCCGAGUACAUGGAAGUUGAUAUUAUCUACAAUGAACAUAACAAUAUAGCAGAAAUAUCUAGACGUGACAAUUCGACUUCUGAAUAUGAAAAAUGUUCCUAUGGCUACAAUGAAAGAGGCUAUCUAUCUUCCGUUUAUUGUGGCAAUCAGAAAAUUUCUUAUAAGUACAAUGAAAACGGUGAUCUUGUGACAAUUAAUGAAGGCAGAAGUAUGAGAAAAGCUUUCCGGUACACUCUCAAUCAUCUUCUUAGAUCCGAAGAAAACUUUAUAAAUGAUGAGCUAAUUUCAAAGAAAAUUUAUCACGAUUUCCAAAAUGGAAGACUUGACAUAAUACACGUACCACAAAAUACCAAAGAAUCUUACUGGGUAUCUCAUGAAGGAAAUAUCAUAGGACAUAAGAAGAAUAGGUAUCCGAUCGUGAAAACCUUACGGAGGCAAAAUGUAGCAGAAACCAUGGAAGGGGAUUUGAUCGUGAAGAAACUCAUAACAAGUGGUGAAAUAACAGAAGUGCAAGAUGCCAAUGGUGAUAGUAUUGGGUUUUUAAACAACGACGAUGGAUAUCGUGUAGUUUAUGUGGAUGGUAAUGUAAAUCCUUACUAUCUGUUCAGGUCACGCAACAAUUCUAUACAUACGAUAAAAUAUCCUGACAACUCAAAUGAGACAUAUGUUAGCUUGGGUGAUGUCGUUGUGCACAAAGACCAAAGAGGAAUAGAGAGUACGUAUUAUUAUGAUAAGUUUCAGAGAUUGACACUGCGAGAAUCAGAAGUCAACUAUGUUCAGUUCAAAUAUACAGAAAAUCAUAAGAUACAGUCUAUCAAGGAUUCACAAUCCCAAAUCACCUUUAUGUAUGACGAAUUUGGACGACAGAAAGGGUUCACUACUGAGGUUAACGUCACAGUAUUUAAAACUGUCGAUGAUUCCAAUCGUCUGAGAAACAUAAGGAUUGAAUCCGACCCUUAUGACAUAGUAUAUGAUUAUAAUUUGUAUGGAAACAUAAAAUCUGUGAAGGACAACACUGAUGGUAAAAUCAUUGUUACAGCAGUUUAUUAUGAAAAUGGGUUAAUAAAUACAAAAAUUCUUGGAAAUAAUGCUACCACACAUUAUGAAUAUGAUGAGAAAAUAAGGCUUCCUAAGGUGAUAUCAAAUUUUUACCCAAAUGGCACAGUGUCUUCUGAGUUUAGAUACACAUAUGACAUGAGAGGACGACUUUCCUCUAUGCAGACAAUUGAUGGCACAUGGAGUUUUGCUUACGAUUUAUCUGGACAACUCAUAUCGAUGAAGGAUCCAUUCAACGCGACGACCCUCCUACAAUAUGACCAAAGCAAAAAUCGACUAUCUGUGAUUCAAAACGGCAUUUCAAAACUCUACCAAGUGAACAGUUUAAAUCAGUAUGUUUCCAUUGAUGGCGAACAACAUUCCUAUGAUAAAAAUGGAAAUAUGUUGAGGAAGUCAAAUCUUUUAAUGGAAUAUGAUUUAGAUAAUAGAAUCUCUUGGUUUGCCUCUGAAAACGUAACGUGUCAAAUUCAAUAUAAUACACUUGGCCAUAUAAGAAGAAAAAGGUGCAAUGACAGUGAUGUGACAUAUUUGACAGAUAUAUCGGGAAGAAUAUUAAAACAGAUAGAAGAAUCUCAAGGAGUCACUAAGUACCAUAUUUAUUCCGACGGAUUAGGCUUAAUUGCAACAAAAGAAAAUAACAAAUAUUUUUAUUAUCAAUAUGAUGGCUUUGGGUCUGUUGUGAAUAUCUUAGAAAGACAAGGAGAAACUGUAGAUAGUUUUGCUUAUGAACCAUUCGGGGCUGUCUUAUCGUCAUCCAAAGGAACGCAAGAUCACUUUCGAUACCUCGGACAAUGGGGAGUGCUUACAUUUUUUGAAAUGCCCAGUAUAUAUAUCUUUGGUUCAAGACCGUACGAUUCUAAAAGUGGACGUUUUUUCACCAAAGAUCGAGAAGGAAUAUUUUGUCAACAGCCUAACCUUUACAUGUUUAAAGGAAAUAAUCCUUUAAAUAUGAAUCUUGUGCAAUACCUCAAUGAAAAUCAACGCUGUAGUCUUAACGAGCUAGAUGUAGAAACAACAGUGGAUCAUUCUUACAGAAAAGCUGUGUCCAGACUCUACGAAGGGAACAAUGCAUAUCUCCUCAAAAUCCAGAGGAGAAAGAGAUCAGUUAAUGAAAACGAACAAACAAGCCAAAAACAAACCUCAACUGACAAUAAAAAAUCAACCACCAAACCACGUCGAAGAAAACGUUUUAACGAAGGGAAUGGAAUUAAUAAUAUCAUUGAUGAUUUUAAGGAAUCAAAUAAAUAUUAUCAGGGACUUUCAGACUGUGGGAAACAUCUUGUAGACAAAGGUGUAAAUAAAGUUGUUGGUUGGGUAAAAAAAUCUCUUAAAGCUACACCUUGGGGCAGAGUCGCCAUGGGGAUAAUUGAUGUGGGUGGAUUUUUAUACAAACACAGAAAGUGCAUUCUAUCUCCAUGUGACUGCUUAGACAAUGCGAUACAGUCAUAUCAUGAUACCAAAAAGAAAAUAGAGUCCCUUUUGAAUGAUGCCAAUGCUCGGCGGGAUGCUAUGAACAAAUUCUGUGAUCGUUGGAAUCCUCCAUGUAGAAUUGUAGACAGUGCACCUUCAUUUGCUUGCAAAGCUGCCGGGGCUGUCAUCAAUAGUCAAUUUCACCAUUUCAAGGGUGGAUUACAAAGAAUGUAUGACAAAGUAAAACCAUACACCGAAAAAUUAGAUAAAGUGGCGGACUUUGCAUCAAAGGCUUGCGAUGAUCCUUCCAAAUUAGGGGAAGAAUUCACGAGAUGGAUUGGCUCAUUUGAUCCCAAUGAUAUACUGGGACCAACAGGAUACGGAGCAGCCAGAUUUAUAACCUCCAAAGCAGAGUUGGUUUACAAGAUACGAUUUGAAAAUAUGGAAAAUGCAACAGCACCAGCCCAAAGAGUUUUCAUCGAAAUAAUCUUUCAGCAUAAACUUAACUCGAGAACCUUCCGUCUGGGAAGCUUUGGAUUUGGAGAAUUUGUUAAAGAAUUGAGUUUCAAGCAAUCUUUUAUACAGGAAACUGUAAACCUCACAGAGGAGUACGGUGUUUUUGUUCAUAUAAGGGGUGGAUUAGACGUCAUAAACAAUAAGGCAACAUGGGAAUUUCAGGCUAUAAAUGGAAGCACUGGAUUACCUCCCUCGGAUCCAUCAGUCGGGUUUCUUCCCCCAAACAACGGAACAACGGGACAAGGAUUCGUCACUUUCUCCAUUAGACCAAGUUCUGAUGUCAAGUCUUUGGAUAAGAUAACUGCCAAAGCUGUCAUCAUAUUUGAUCAAAACGAACCCAUAGAUACGCCUGAAAUAUUUAAUACAAUUGAUGACGAUCCUCCGUAUGUUCAUAAUGUCUCUGUUAAUAGGGAGGCUAUGGUUUAUGGAUCAUUAAUCUUAAAUCUAGAUGUUAUAGACAACGAAAGCGGCUUAGAUUACAUUGAUAUACUUUAUGCAGAUUCGGAUUUGGUUCUUUUGGUAAGUGACGUAAGAGAAAAUGCAGUAUCCCUACCUGUGGAUCCCGGAAAAAACCACACUAUAAUUAUUUAUCCCGUUGAUAAGAUCGGAAACUCUGGAACACUCCAAACCGUUUCAUCGAGCAACAUUUUCACCUUAUUUUACCCACGCCCAGAAGUGCGAUGUAAUGAUCUGAACAAUUGUUCUGGGAAUGGGCGUUGCGAAGCCAUCAACUUUUGCUCGUGUUUUGAUGGAUUUUAUGGAAGAAACUGUGCAGAAACUUCACCACCCUUGGAUCCGCCACUACUGGAUGUGUUUUCUGGAGACCAGGGCAAUUCUACUUUGCCACUGUAUCUCUCUUCAAAACUAAUCACGAAUGUGAAGAACGCUGACAUAUCCAUUCAAUGCAAGGGUUUCCCUGACCAAUCCCUUUUCUCGGUGGGAACCGUCAAGGGAGAUACACUUCAUUUAGGUGCAACAGAUUUUGGUGAUGUCCUUUACAUGCCUCCACCGGAAUAUGUUGGCAAUUUUUCCUUACAAAUUUCAUCAUUUGUAUCCGUGAUUGAUUCCUCUGAUAUAAGUAAAAGAGAAACCACAAUACAGGUCACAGUCAAGCACAGCGUCAGCAAUAUGGACAGGCAGAAGUUUAAGGAGACGUAUUUUGGACCUACAAAAACCGACACAGCUCCUUUGAUGACGGCGGGUAUAUGUACAACUGUUACUGGUCUGUUCACAACAAUUCUCCUCAUGUAUGGAUGAGCCUCUUUGAUCAAGAUAUUUAUUUGUUGUGCCUAAUAAGCUGUGUGAACCCGUUUACAUUUUAGGAGAAGGAUUCAAGCACACCUUGAACAUCUUUUAAUGCUUAUAAGCUAGUGCAUUAACUUUUAAUUCAAUGCAGAGAUAUUGUGUUGUUUCUGUACAGAGACCAGAAAAACACCCAAUCCUCACUAGAAAUUUUAUUUUGAUUUGAACCAUUAAGUAUAAAUAUGUUAUGUAUUGACAAUAAACGCGGAACUCUAAAAAUCAUAAUCAUCUCAAAAGAUCACAGUGUUUGUAAAAUACUGUUAAGAUGUAUUUUUUAACUCUCUUAUCAUAAAAUGUAACCUUGGCGAAGAUUGCACACAAAUUAAGGCACAAUCGUCUGAAGUCCGAAAUGAUUUAAUGUUGUUCCAUAUUGUCAAACAUCAAGGUUAUUCACGAAAGUAUAGCUAUGUGAAAUGGGUUUUCAAACCACGCACCUUUUAUUUACUUCUGAAAUGAAAUUGUAUUCGUGAAUGUUUACUUUUAGUAUAUGAUUAUGUGGAUAAAUGCAUAGAUUGGAUUUUUUCAUUAUGUUUUUAGAAGAUCGUAUUUACAUGUAACAGAGGCAUUUUUAAACCUGUUUAAAUAUAACGUGGACCUUUUAUGUUUUAUCAGAUCUUCAAUCAUAUUUAAUAUGAAUAGUAUAGUGUAUUCGUAGCAUUCUCAUGUGCUUAAUGAAUUAGUAGGUUUUCAUACAUUCUAGAGUAUCCAAUUUUCUAAUAUUUUAUAUUGUACAAUUGUUGUUUUAUUUUAGUCUGAUAUAGUAUUUUUAUAUAUGUUUGUACUUAUAUUUGGUUUAAUAUAUAUUCCAUGUAUUUUAUAGAACACCAGUGCCAAGCUGCAUGGGCUCUCUCAUUGAAAUUUGUUGUCACUCUGUCUUUGCCCCAUGCCAUGUGGCAUCUGACAACUUUACACUUUUUUCCCGCUAGAACCACUAGGCCAGUUUCUACCGAAAUUACUUAAACCAUACUUGGGUAAAAAGAAUUCAAUUUUUGUUCAUAGAAAAAUUGGGAUUGUUUUUAAAUUUUCUUCAUCAGAACCGUUACUACAAGAAGAUUUUAAGUACUUUUUUUUAAUAAAAAGUAUAUUGAUUAAUGACAUUUGUGGUCGUAAUACGAGUUCAAAGUUCCUUCAAAACCUUGUACAGAACAGCUAGGUUGAUUCAAAUUACACAGCCUGUAAGUUAAUUGACCUAAAUUAUCAAAUUCGUUCAUUUUAUGACCUUGAGAUAUAAGUUACCACAGAGGUUCACAGAGGAUAUAAAGAAAUAUUUUUACAAAUCAGAAAGUCUCUGUUAGUUGAAUUAACAAGCGACAUCCGUAGUAAUGUUUUGAUACUAGGUUUGGACUAAAAUAGUCAUAAUUUUCUAAUAAAAAUAUACAAUAUCAUCCACAUAACAGCUGGGUUAUUAAAGUCUGUGUGUAGUACUAAUUCAUAUAUUAUAAUGUCAUUAUCUUAAGAAUAUGCAGAUGUCAUAAUAGGCAGGGAUUCAUUUCAGAAAAGGAUGUUCAGAUUUUUAUAGAAAGACUCUCUUUCUACAGGAAGUUAAUUAAUUAUUCAAUAACCAUCCAUUUGUUUUACUGCAAAUAGCUCAAGUUUGUGAAUUCGAACAUAUACUUUCCCAGAAGAGAUCGGUGUGGUAGCAGAAGUUAAAAAAAUUAUACUAUUAUCUAACAAGAUAAUUCCAAAUGUAUUUUUCUGCAUCAUGCGACCCAUGUGAGCGUUGUGUAAAGUACGGUCCCUUCUUUUCUUUCUGACCAGUCAGCUUUGUCAUUGCUUGUAUGAAUCAAUAAAGUUUUUUUUUUCCUU